UUGAGUAUAAUUUUCGAAUUUGUUUAACAAUCAUUUUUUCAUUUUUAGUUUUUCUUAAUUUAUUUUAAAAAAUUAUGGGACGUAGAAAUCCUUUAAAACGUUUGUUCGGCAACCCAAACAAUGUUAAAUCUGAAAUUGUGGAUUUACCUUAUUCACUAAAUGGAGAUAUCCGAGAAUUGCUACUCAAAAUUGAUGUCAAUGACAAUAAUGCACUUGCAAUUGCGAAUGUUCCAUAUUAUAUAGAUGGGAAUAUCUUGAGAAAAAUAUUUUCUGACAUUCUCGAAGCACCAUUAACAAAUAUACAAUUUAUUACUUCUACAGCACCAAAUAAUGAUAUGAAAUCAGGCUAUAGAUCAGGCCGCAUCUUCUUCAAUACAAUUCAAGAUAAACGGCGAGCUUUUGAAACUGCCAAAUUAAUUAAAAAAGAGGGAAGGACAGUUGAACUUGAAAAGUUUGGAGUGAAAUUGCCAGCUUGGCACAAUUUAGCUGGAAAGGCAUUAAAAAGAGAGCACAAUCAAAUUGGGGAGGACGGUGAAGAAUUACCAAAAGCGAAAAAAAUCAAAAAUGAAAACAAUGAUGAUUGGACGUUAGUAACAAGUAAACACAAAUUCUCAUUUCGAGGGAAAAUUAAUCAAAAUGUUAAAGGCAAGUAA